AGAACCUUUCAUGAAACUGAUCAGUGGCGAUACAAAUAUGGAUUUCCAGGUCCAGAUCGACAAUAUCAGCACUUGUGAUGCACAGCAGUCAAGUGCCCAACACUGGUCUCCAACAUCGGUUCAAACUUCAGUCAGUCAUGAAGUAUUGAGCAUAUCAUCUCUGGUCCCUUCCACAGCUCUCAUUCUCGUCCCCAGCUCUCAGCCUACGAUUCAGGGAAAACAAUUCUCAGAGUUUCCGUUCUUUUCUGAAUUCAUAACAGAACCUAAAGUUCCCGAAACGACCCGACAUCAAAACACCCUGACUUCACCAAUUCCUUGUAGUGAAAGUCCAUUGGAUGUUGAGCAGAGGAAACUGUCAGAUGGGGGACCACUGGAGGAGGGAUCAGUCGGUCUCAUGCUACCCAAGGGUCUUCCUGUUGAAGAGCCAGAUGCAGUGUCUCAGGUGUGUUCAUCUCGUGACUUGUUACUGAUUGUCAGCUUUCCUCUGAUAAUCGUCCUGAUCAUCAGCUCUGCUUUAUUGGUCAAGUUCCUGGUGUUCCCCUCUGAAGUAAGUGAAUCUCCUCCCCUCUGUGGUGCGAAAGACAACUGCAGUGUUCCAACUCCAGUGUCUUUUCUGUCUAAGUACCCAGUCAACCAAACAGAAAACAUCACCGCAGACUGCAGAGUUCAAGUCAACGAUGGUCGACGUAUUGUUGGGGGGACAAUGGCGGCCAGUGGCAGGUGGGGCUGGCAGGUCAGCAUGCACUGGAGAGGGAGACAUGUCUGUGGAGGUGCCAUCAUCGCCCCCUACUGGGUCAUCACUGCAGCUCACUGCUUUGUUGAAGAGAUGUCGGGAGUCGCUGACUGGCUGGUGGUGGUGGACACCGAACGCAUUGAAGACACUUCUGUGGGGAAACGUUACAGAGCUCUGCAGGUCCUACACCACCCACUCUUCAACACUUACAACAAUGACUAUGACGUGGGCCUCCUGCGCACCAUCACUGACAUAGACCUGACAGCUGCUGUGCGUCCAGUCUGUUUACCUCGUCCGAAUGACUUCUUUCCUCCUGGGGCAGCUUGUUGGAUCACAGGCUGGGGAUAUGUUCAUGAAGGAGGCUUUACAUCAAACGACUUACGACAGGCACAGGUGGAGGUGAUAGAUCAGUCUGUCUGCUCCCACCCAAGUGUCUAUGGUGUGCAUCUCACUGCGAGGAUGAUUUGUGCUGGUAAAAUGGACGGAGGAGUGGACUCCUGCCAGGGUGACAGUGGUGGACCCCUGGUGUGUGAGACAGUCCGUGGGGAGUGGAGGCUGGCAGGGGUGGUGAGUUGGGGAGAGGGCUGUGGACGGCAAAAUAAACCAGGUGUCUACAGUCGAAUCACCCAUCUGAUCAGUUGGAUAGAACGACAUGUGGAGACUGACAAAGGAACUGGAGACAAAAGACAAUAA